AUGAGGCUUCUAAGCACUCGAGGACGUAUAGUAAGGCCAUUUAUAUACCCUAGAAGCUCCAUUCUUACCGAAAAACGUGGCUUUUUGCAAGUUAAGGCCAUAAACCCAAUCGUACCAUGGCGCGGUGCCAAAACGAAGUCGGCGGCAAGACUGUCGGAUCUUGUUCAAGGUCCCCUGGAAUCCAAUAAACCCUUGGCUCCAUUUACCGAUGAUGUACCGCAAUAUCCCACAGUUAUCCAGGGAGCUAAAUAUAAUAUGCAAAAGUUUCCUAAUUGUGUUCUGCUCACAAGGGUUGGGAACUUCUAUGAGCUUUAUUUCCAUCAAGCUGAAGAGUAUGCCAGUUUGUUGAAUUUAAAAUUGGCAUACAGAAAAACGGCUGGUGGCCCUGUUCCAAUGGCUGGCUUUCCCUAUUUUCAAUUGGACCGCUUUCUCAAGAUUUUAGUUCAGGAGAUGAAGAAAAAUGUGGCUAUUAGUGAAGAGUUUGCCAAUGAUGCAGCUGCAAAGGCGAAAUCUGGUGGACUAAUGUUCGACCGCAGGGUUGCUCGUAUAGUAACCCCAGGCACAUUGAUUGACGAAAAAUUUAUUGACCAAUAUCAAAACAAUUAUCUUCUCUCGAUACAUGUCGAUCCCAAUCUCACAUCUUUGCAGUCCAGCACAGAUGGUCAAGCAACCCGAGGACAACUUCAUUGCCUUCCUGAAUCCGACAUAAUUGGCCUCUCGUGGCUGGACUUGUCAACUGGAGAUUUUCUAACCCAGAUUACCAGCCCCCAAAUGCUUGCUUCGGCAAUCACACGAAUAGGAGCCCGUGAAAUCUUAGUCGACCAAUGUAUUGCGGAAUCUCUACGAUCAGAGCUAGAGGCAUUGGUUGUCCAGGAACACCAGCCGAUUACAUACUUUAAACGCCCUAAAACUAUCCAAGCAUUAUCAGAGUGGAAUUCUAGUUUCGAUUCCCCGAUGACUUCAGAGGCUGCUUCUAUGUUCACUCCACAGGAGGUAUCCGCCUGUCACCUGGUUCUAGAAUAUGCCAAGACACAGAUGAAGGAGACAGAUGUGAAACUUCAGCCACCACGCCGAAAAUUAGUUGAGGACUCGAUGUCUAUUGACCGUAAUUGCCUAAGGGGGCUUGAAAUACUGGAAACAGCAAGGGACGGGUUUGGUAGAGGAAGCCUACUGCAUGCGGUACGGCGAACUUCAACAAGCAGCGGUGCUCGUUUGCUAAGGGAACGAUUGACCGCACCGUCUGCCUCACUAGGUGUUAUAAAUGAGCGUCUAGAUCUAGUUUCUCUUCUCCUAGAAGAUGAAGAUUUACGCGAAAACAUCAUGAGAUUAUUGAAACGUAGCUAUGAUACCCAACGUCUAGUGCAGAAAUUCUCACUCGGAAGGGGCUUACCAGAUGACCUUAUAUGUCUUUCACGAGCCAUUCAUGCUUCAAAGGAAAUUAAGUCGAUAUUGGAACAAAAGUUCCCGGCUGUAGAAUCAAAAACUACAGCUGGAGCCGAUUUUAGCAGUUAUAUAAGCAUCCUACCAUUAUUAAACCGGUUCAGCUUGCAUGGCCCAGGAGAAUUAUCACAGAAGAUACAGGAUUCGAUUGAUGAGGAAAUGCUUCUACAGAAACAACGUGUGGAAGAGGAUGCAGCCGCUGAUGAUUCGGCCCUUGCCCAUGACGUCCUAAUAAGUGAGGGGUCAGCCGCAGACCUCAAUGCCAUGCCAAAGAGGGUCAAAGAUUCGAAAGGAGACGGGUCAAAGGGGGCAAGUGGGCCUGACUCCCCCAGUGACACCGCCUGGAUUAUGCGUCCGAAUGCUAGCAAGAUCCUAAAAAAUCUACAUGAUGCUCUUGAAAGCCUUUACACCGAGAAGGCUGUACUAACCAAAAAGCUCCAGAAAGCGUUAGACACUGCACAGCUAAGUUUAAAAUGGACACCUGGUCUUGGUCAUAUUGUCCAUAUCAAAGGAACCAAAGCAAUGAAGAAGUCACUGGAAGAUCUAGGAGUAACACGUACUGUCUCCUCGUCGAAAUCGACGCGAUCGUUUUAUUUACCAUCUUGGACCCAACUUGGUGCUAAAUUGGAAAGCAUGAAACAACAAAUCAGAGUUGAGGAGCAACACAUUUUCAAGGGGUUACGGCAUGCAGUGAUUUUGAACCUCGUCAAACUCCGCCGCAAUGCAAGCGUUUUGGACGAACUUGACGUUGCAUGUUCCUUUGCAACCUUGGCCAAGGAGCAAGGGAUGGUUAGGCCGAUUGUUAACAAUGGUUUAAGUCACAAAAUAAUUGGUGGUAGGCAUCCAACAGUUAAACUCGGAGUUGAAGAACAAGGCCGCCACUUCGUCAGCAACGACUGCUUCGUGGGGGAUAAGGAGCGCAUUCUACUUAUUACCGGGCCCAAUAUGGCUGGUAAAAGUACAUUCCUUCGACAAAACGCUCUAAUAACUAUCCUUGCCCAAGUGGGUUCUUAUGUUCCCGCCGAGUACGCAGAGAUAGGACUUGUGGACAAGAUAUUCAGCCGCAUCGGAGCAGCCGAUGAUCUAUUUCGCGACCAAUCAACCUUUAUGGUUGAAAUGCUGGAGACUGCAUCUAUACUAAAACAUGCUACUCCUCGCUCGUUUGUAAUAAUGGACGAAGUUGGCCGAGGAACCACCCCGGAAGACGGAACUGCAGUAGGAUUUGCCUGCCUGCACCACCUGCAUAAUGAGAAUAAAGCUCGCACUUUAUUUGCGACUCAUUUCCAUGCGUUGGCGGACAUGACGGCGGAUUUCGAGCACCUAGGCAGAUAUUGCACCGACCUGAAAGAGGAUGCUUCCGGCAGUUUCUCCUUCAUUCACAAAUUGAGGCCUGGUGUUAACCGACAAUCCCAUGCACUAAAGGUUGCUCACCUUGCCGGCUUGCCUCAAAGUGUGAUCGAUGUUGCCAAAGAUGUGAUUCAAAAAAUGCCAGCUAUGGAAACAGAGCUUGGGCAUCAAGUGGAAGAAGACUAUCGUAAAGCGGCCCAUUCGUCGUCUUGA